UCCUGGUUUACAAGUUCUUUUAGCUGCAAGGGAGGGAAACGAAUGACUGCAUCCUAUUAGUUACAGCCUCUGAAGAUUGAAUGCGAUGGUUCUCCCAACCUGCCAGAUAUUCUGAAUGCUGCACAGGGACACAGUCUUCCAACGCUGAGGAUCACAUCUUGCUAUCUUCCAUUCAUCUGGGCCAAGCUACGCAUCUUUGGCUUCCACUGAAGGAUCCUUUGAAAGAAGAGUUUCCCCUCAAAGGCUGCUUCAAAUCGUCAUGGGGAUAUUUUGGACAGCCUUAUGCUUCCUGGUAUAUGCAUUGAACAUGGACCUGGGUGUCCUGGCUAUGAUGAGCUCACAGCCCCAGAAGGACUCAGAAGGCCUUGACAAUCUUUCAGAAGACACCUUAUCUCCAGAGAUGCUGCAGGAGAUGUUGUGGCUUUUCCGAAGAGAAGACCCAUCUGCAUGGAAUUACUCUAUCCUGGGCCUUUCGGUUCUCGUUCUACUCAUUGGUGUGGUCCUCUUGGGAGCAAAUAUUAGGGCCAACAGAAACCAGAAGGUCCUUCUCCUACGCAAAGAUGGCUAUGAAGCCACCUCGCCUGAUGAGAUAGAAACGAAGCAAGCAUUUGUGCUGCUCAACAAAGAGAAUUCGGAUCAAGCUGGAGACAGUUUGCUUCCCAAAGCACCAAACAUGGGAGAGGUGAUGGUACAGUGGAAGGAUGGGAAAAUCUCAUCCCUGUAUCCCGAAGACAAUGAAGCAGAGGCAUAGCAUCUAAUAUCCACCUUCUGGCUUUUGUGAAACCCGUGAGGAUUUCUGGACUAUCGACAUUUUUGGACGCCAAAUUCGUUCAGCGGAAUCAAAAAGCCAGCAAAAAGCAGACGCCAUACUGGCUGCCGUUGAGUUGUCCAAGAAAAACAAUCCACCAAUCCAUUCAUCUACCAGCUGUCUUCACACGACAUAUUGAACUAGGUUGGCCUAGCCGCUAGACAGUCACUUGUCUGAGAUGGUAUAGGUCCUCCUGCUUGAGCGGGGGGCUGGACUAGAAGACCUCCAAGGUCCCUUCCAGCUCUAUUCUAUGUCCCAAUCCUCUGAAAUUAUAUCUGCCCCAUGACUGAAUUUAUAUUGGUUGAUUGUAAUCACCCCUACUCCUAAUUUUAGCACUGAAGUAGAUCAGACAAACAAGUUUUAGUUUUUUUUUCUUCUUCUCUAAGGAGCAGUCAGGCUGUUCCAAGGAAACUAGGUAAAUAUUUUUGCUGCCAGUCCAAGCAAAAGUCCAUAAAAAAGGCUUUUUAAAGGCUGCUGGAUCUCUAGAUCUAUCUGUACAGAUGCCAUUCUUCCCAAUGAAAAGCAGAGAGAUGCCUUUGUCUUUUCUCUGACGCCCAGCAACACAUUCAUUAGGAAAUAACAAACAUCUCUGUAGGGAUACAGUAUAUCAACAUUUGCACAGUGCCACGCACAGCCCCAUGAUAGUGCUCCUUUCGCCCUGCCAAUCCGCCCAUCCCCAAUAAAGGUGGGCUUUAUUGCAAUGCCACACCUGUGAUCUUCCCAGUUUAGGACAGCUGUCUUGCUUCCCCAGCUUGCAUAUUUUGAUACUGUGUCCUUUUAUAUUUCUGACACUGGUGGAAUUUCUACACGAGCAAUCAUUUUAGAUAGGGUUUGUUUAAUUAGCUGGGGCCUGGUUAGCAUUUAACACAAAAAUAAGGAUGCUUGGCAGUUGGUAUGCAGGGGUGAGAUUUGGGGUUCAGAGGCAUUGUCUUAAGAUUGGCAGGGGGAACUGAGCUUGCUGUGCCCAAGACAUGGUGGGCACCAUAAUGGUGAACCCCAUGCCUGACCAUGGAUCUUGAUUCAGUGCAGGAACUUUCUUCUCGUGUUGAUUAGGACAAAUGAUUAGGACUAAUCAAUUUGAGUUGAUUAGGAGAAAUUAGCCUAAAGGACAAAGGACUGAAAAAAGUUUCAUUAGCUCUCCAGGAACGCUAGAGAGCACUGUGCAUCUACACAAUCUACAUUUUGUCAAUGCAAGGGGAUCGUCAUAAAACCCCUUAUUGGUGCUCCCA